CGUUGAGGUGCACCUGUCUCUCCAUAGCACGUGUGUACAGCAAUCCAAAUUUACCGUAUUAAAAUCGAAGAAAUUUUUGUUUUUGACGUGAUAAUAAUGUUUAUAAUUAUUCAAUAGUAUUGAUAUUAUGCAAAUAUCUUGGAUAUUCAAUAGAAUAUUUAAAUUGUACGGUUAUUUAUCUUUAAAUUCGUAUUUAUAACCUCAUAUUUUCGUUGAUUUAUGCGACGUAUGCACGUGUGACACACUGUUGCUUCGACAACAAUUUUUAGUUCAAUGUCAAAUAGUUUUAUUUAAAAGCAAAUGAUAUCGUAAUUAAUCGAAUUAACCUAAUUAGUGUGUUUUGUAAUUUUUAAUGUGUUCAAGUUUAGUCGUUAUUGAAAACGUUUUAUAGUUGAUUCUUAUCUUAUCUAAAAAAACAAAAAAGUGUCUUUACCCGCCAAGUGAAUACGAUUUUGUUGAUGGUCGAAGUAGUGUAACGUCAACCGAAUGAUAGAAAACGUCUUGAACCUUGGACAGAUACAGGUACUAUUACUGUGCCACCCUUGAAGAAGUAACCAAGUAGCCAGACAACCGUCAGAAGCAUCAGCCUCAUCCUUCUAUUUACGAGCAAAAAACUUUCUCUCCACGUGAAGUACAUUUGAUAAUGUCGAACACUUGUUGGAGACAUUAACAGAAAGAAAAUCAAAAUGGAUAUCAUUUCUUAUAAUCAUCAUAAAUUGAUGAGUAAUAACGACAUCGGAAAUGACAUUGAAGAAGAUAUUGAUCAAGACUAUGAAGAAGAACUGCCAGACUCAAGUGAUUCAAUGCCUACGGUGACAGACUCCGAGUCAAGUGAUGAUAACAACGGCAAGUUACCACUGAGAAGAAGCCUUUUUCCCAACGUACCACCUUACAUUGUCUUCCACUCGUACGAUUCAACUGGUCAUGAAUUACCUGCUGCGGUCACCAAGCACCUUAAGUGGGAAUUGAGCAACAUUACUCCUCAACUCGUGAGAAGGACCGUUGUAAACUCAGGCUUUCGACUGGAAAAAAAAUCCCAAGAGUGGCUUGGAACGUGGGGAAAGCACAUGAAGUCUAAUUGCUUCAAGUAUCUUCAAAAUAAUCAGAAAGUUAAUCAUUUUCCUGGGACAUUUCACGUCGGUCGAAAAGAUAGACUUUGGAGAAAUCUUUGUAGAAUGAUGAUAAAGCAUGGAAGAAGAGAAUUUGGUUUUGUACCACGUACUUACGUAUUGCCUCAGGACCUACGUAGCUUCCGCCAAACUUGGGAGAAGACUGGUGGCAAAGAGAAGUGGAUAAUAAAGCCUCCAGCAUCAGCACGAGGAUUGGGGAUUCGUGUUGUUCACAAGUGGUCUCAGAUCCCAAAAAAACGACCGUUAGUCGUACAACAAUAUCUCUCCAAACCUCUACUGAUUGGCGGUGCGAAAUUUGACCUUCGACUUUAUGUUCUCGUAUCGAGCAUUAAUCCUCUACGUAUAUAUAUUUAUCCAGAUGGCCUCGUUCGGUUUGCUUCAGUCAAAUAUGUCGAUGACAUCAACUACCUCAGUGAUCGUCUCAUGCACCUGACCAACUACAGUAUUAAUAAAACUAGUGCUACAUACACGAGUAAUGAAUGCGCUGAUGCUGCUAAUGGACACAAGUGGACUGUCAAAACUCUUUGGUCAUAUUUAGAAAAGGAAGGAGUGAAUACCAAAAAAAUUUGGACUGACAUCAAAGACAUUGUCAUCAAAACAAUGAUUGCUGUUGAGUCACCUAUCAAUACUCUGACAAGGACAAAUGUCACAUCUAGAUAUAAUUGCUUUGAACUAUUUGGUGUUGAUAUUCUUCUUGAUGAAAAUCUUAAACCUUGGCUGCUGGAAGUCAACAUAUCACCAUCUCUUCAAUCAUCAUCAGCGCUGGAUAUCGCUGUCAAAGGACCAUUGAUUGCAAAUGUUCUUAAUAUUGUAGGAUUUCAUUUACCAUCAAAAAUCUCAGUUCGAGAAGUUGAAAAUUUGAAAAAACUUUAUGGCUUUGAUCGAGUUUGUCAAAAUUCGGAACUUGAAAGGAUGCGCUUGUCUACUCAUGAGAAACAAAAACAAGCUCUCUAUGUUGAAUUAGAUAGAGAAGAUUAUUUGGAUGAUAUUUUAGAAGAUCUCACUCCUGAUGAUGUCAGACAUUUAAUUUUGUAUGAAGAUGAGCUUACCCAAACCAAUCGAUUUGAGCAAAUUUUUCCAACAAAAUAUACCCAUCCUUAUCUGGACUUUUUCGAUGUUCCAAGAUAUUACAAUAAAUUAUUCGAUGCUUGGGAAGAAAAAUACUCUAAUAAUCGUGAGAAAGGAAUUGCUUUACUCCAAAAACUCUGUCAUGAAAAAUUUCAUCUUGAGCAUUCAGUUACCUAGUUAACAUAAGUUUAAUAUUCUUUUGCUUAUUGUGUUCAAGUCAAUAUUUAGGUGAUGAAUUCAUGCAUAAAUUUACUUCAUGUUAAAAACAUUUCAUGAUAUUUAUAAAAGCCAUCGAAAAACAAAUCAUAACUAAUUGUUAUUAAUUAAUGAAAUUGAAUGUCGAAUUAAAUUAAUUUUUUAUAAAAAAUUAUUGAUAGAAAUGAAUUGAUAACUCAUUUUUACUGCGAUAAAAAUUAAUUUUAAUAUAAAAUAAAUUUUUAGAAAUUAUUGUAAAAUUAUAGCUAUUUUUACUAGAUGAAAAUUGUUAAAAGUUUAUGUUUAUCAAUACCAAAAAAAAAACACUCACUCACUUGAUCGUUUGAGGAAAAAAUUGUAGUCAUUGAAUAUUCAUUUAAUGAAUAAAAAAAAAGCCAUCGCCGUAUAUUUGUGCCUUAAAUUAAACUGAAAAGAUUGUAAUGCCUUUUUGUCUCAUUAUUAAACUGUUUUCAAAUAAA